AUGACGAUCCUCAUCUAUGACAACUGCGAGCUGGAGGAGCGGGCUUCUAGAUAUCUCAACGCAUGGAAAGCAUGGCACCUGGUGCUGUACUCCGUGGCCGGAGUAUUCGGCAUCCUGAACUACGUGUUCCUCCAUAACACAAUGCAGCUAAUCGACGGCAACUGUGUGUUGACACCGCGUGAGCUCGCGUUCCGCGCGUUCGAACUUCCCAACAACACGGCCGACAAGAUUAAUGCGACAUUCGACAGCUUAAAGGAGCCCCCGGGCGGUGCUCAAAGAGAUGACAAGCCUGUCGAAGUUGCUACAGAGCCGAAUGCAGUUAUCGCUGCAAACGAAACAAACGAUAGUAAUAAUACUAAAAGACAAACAAACGUCGUUAGUAAUCAUCAAUACGUACUGGUCGAAGAAGAUAACGCUACCAUGUUGACAGGGAACGAGACACACCGCCUGAUGUUAGACACGUCCCGGUCGCUGUUCGCGCGAGACAACGACUGCCAGUUCGCUGAAUAUAUGCCGGUCAUGUCUACCAUCUUCGCCGCGGUGUGGAUUACUUUCUUCACCAUGUGCCCGGGCGGUGGCCACUCGAGAUCUGGGCUGCAGAGACCGUGGCGUAUUUUGGUACCAGCGUUGCUCUUCUCGUUGAUCCUCGUGGGUCUGACGGGACACAGCUUCAUCCAGACCAAUGGCGGCAUCCAGGACUUCUGCGCCGCCUUCUUCAACAUCACCAACACCACUACGUGCUCGAGCGCGAACGCCUACGUGGAGCGGGGCGCGGGUGCGGCGUGGGGCCUGGGGGGGCGGGCGGCGGCGACCCGGGCCGCCAGCGCGGGCGUUUGGGCGAGCUGGGCCUGCGCCGCCGCCCUGCUGCUCGCGCGCUGCCUCACCGCCAGGGACUUCGUGGUGCGCCGCACCGCCGUCCGACUCGUGCGCGACCCCAACCAGAAGGUGACACCGUACUUGAGAAAAACCUCCAAACGCCGAAAAUCGACCCGGACUUCCCUAACGGCGAGGGACAACGUUUCCUUAAGGUCGGAGCCGACUGCCACGACGGAGUUGGUGACGGCGUCCAUCGAGCCAGGCCAGGAAACCGCAGUGAACACUCCAGACGUCACACCCGUUAAGAAAGCCCAACGAGAGGUCGCAAUCGAAAUGACAAAUUCCCCGCAAUCGACGAUA